AUGUCACGCUUCCCUCUUCUCCGUCUUCCUACUCUACCUCUUUUGGAUUGUAUUCAAUAUCUGAAAGUAUUCGAAAUAAUCGAUUUCUCUCUUCUCUCAAAACGAACAAAGGCCCUCGUCUCACUUGUCAACUGGAAUCAUCCAGAUAUUCAUGCGAAUUUCUAUGAAAACUCGAAACUUUGUCUGAAAUUUCCAAACGAUCCAGGUCUGCAAUGGAUCUUAGACUUCCGUGUUGAAUUGGAUGAUGAAUUAGAUCAUACCUCUAGAGAAAUCGAUGGAAAUCAGUUUCCAUCAUACAUUGAUUCAGCUCUUCACGGUCCGAAAGCAUUUCAUUAUCUCACAUUUCCAAAUGAUGAGCACUUUGAAACAAUGCGAAAAAUGGCGGAACAUGUUUCAGUGAUAUUCAGAACACCGAUCGCAAGUCUUUCAACUCACCGACUAAAUGAUCAGUUGACAAUGUCAAUUGUGAAAUGGUUGAGUAAAAUACAACCAUCAGUUGUAGAUCUUGAUAUUGAUACAACAGAUGAUAUAACUGCCCCCACCUUAUUGUUUAUUCUGGAUAAUAUCAAAAUGACAGAUCACUUUGAUUUAGAUUUGAAAAUGAAUACCCCUGAUUUCGAAUAUCACAAAGGAAUCGACAUUCCCUCAGUUAUAUUAUCUCAUUCUCAUUGGAUAACACUGGAUUCUAUACUGAAUUCAAGCUAUCGAGUGCUCGUUUUGGAUGAAUCCAAUUUGACUCUUCACGAUAUCAAUACUCUGUUGAAAUGUUGGCUGAAAGGAUCUAAUCCACAACUUGAGUAUUGUUCUGUUCGACGAUCAAUGAAAGGAAAGGCAAUUGAAAAUGAUAUUGAUGAAGCCUUUCGGAUAAUAACAAAGGAUCUCGAGAUUAGGGAACAUGUGGAAAAUGAAAAGAGAACAAUGCAAAUAUGGAAAAGAGUUCAGAAGUCGAGAGUUACAAUUGUAGACCCAAGUUUGGUCACAGGACCAAACAGUCUUCUCAAUCUAGCGGAGUUGACUACUAGAAACUUAGAAGAGUACAUCGGAGAAAUGGAUCAUCCAACAACUACAGAGAAAGCCCUUGAGUUUGUGGCGACGUAUGGAUUGCUCGCAAACGAACGCGAGUGUGAACAGGACUGGUGUAGCCAGUACAUGUCUCUGGUCAAGGAUUCCAGUAAAAAAAAUGAUAUGCUAGUCUGGCGCUGCUCAACAUGCAAAAGCGACGGGAUGUCCAGUAAAGUAUCGAUCAGAGAAAACUCAUUUUUCGAAGGUCUCCGUAUUCCGCUCCAAAAAGUAUUGUACAUCGCAGCUGAUUGGAUCGAAAAUCCGACAAAAACAGCGAAGGACUCCGCUGCGUACUUCGAAACAUCUGAAAACACCAUUUCUGAUUACCACGAAUGGUUUCGGGACAUGACACAGCAGUGGUGGGAAAGAGAAGCAGGAAUGAACAAAAACAUUAUGCUCGGAGGACCAGGAACUAUUGUUGAAAUAGACGAAAGUGCUAUGUAUAAGGCUAAAUACCAUCGGGGCCAUAUGCUGCGCCGGCCUACAAUAUGGAUAUUUGGAAUGCUCGAAAGAGGAACUGGAAAAGCCGCCAUGUUCGUGACGUGGCCAGCGCCUCAAACAUACGAAAUGAAACAACCUGUCGAAGAGUUGGCGCAAGAGGGGAAGAUCACUGUCGAACAGUUCAGCCUAUCUCAAAGAUAA